AUGCAGCGCCUGUUGCUGCUUUCCACAGCAGACAACUCGUUGGUGUUGCUGCAGUGGAGUGAGAGGAGUGGCGACCCUAUCACAGGCUCGGGAAACCUUGUGCUUUUAGACCAGAUCCGAUUGCCUUUCCCUGUUCUGCAGUUCUUACGAGAGUGGCCGGAAAAGGGGUGUCAUGUUUCAAACUCUGAAGGAAUCGAUAUCAAAAACAGUGCUCGUUUGCUGAGGGCAUUUCCGUGGGAGGCGGAGUCCUUGCUCUGCGCGGUGCCAGCUGACGCGGAGUCACCAAAUCCCCCUGCUCGUACCAGUGGAUACGCUGACAGUGACGGUAGCACGGCCCAAAGCGUCUGCGGCAACUCCGAAGUUGAUGAGUUCGGCGCGAAGUCUCGGAUGCCCGCCUUGGACGCGGGGGAUCCAAGAGAUCAAAUCGGGUCCCUGACGCGAGACUUUAAAUCCUAUCGGGUUGCUAUGGUAGACAAAACUACCGGGAAGGUUGUCCGGGCGCUGGAUCCGAGCAGCCUGCAGUCUCUGCCUGACAAUACAGACUCAAGAAAUCAAGUGUUAGCUGUGACGUGUCUGAACUCGGGCGCCUUGGCUUCUGUCCAACUUCGGCCUCCAGGAGUCCUUAGUUUAUGCCUGGGUGACGAACAAGGGAAUUGGCGCACUGUUGGGGACUUCGACUUGCUCAACUGA